AUGGCAUCUGAACAGAAUCAAGAAAAAUUUAGAGGGUUGAAAAGUGCGUGGAGUUUUUUAAAAGGGUUCCCCGGCGGGAUUGUGAAUGCCGUAGUUUCCGUCGCCCGAGAAGCCAAGAAACUCGGGAAAGAUGAUUCUAGAAGAAUCGUACACUCGUUUAAAGUGGGAUUAGCAAUCACCAUAGUCUCGUUAUUCUACUACUUUGAUUUCUUGUACGAUGGUUUCGGCGUUUCCGCUAUGUGGGCCGUCAUUACUGUCGUUGUCGUUUUCGAAUUUUCCGUCGGAGCAACAAUUGGAAAGGGAGUAAACAGAGGGAUUGCAACGUUGGUAGGAGGUGUAUUAGGAGUUGCAGUGCAUUGCUUAGCAAGUGUUACGGGAAAACACGCGGAAUCAAUUGUACUCGGACUAUCCGUUUUCUUGAUAUCUACUGCAGCGACGUUUAUUCGAUUUUUUCCUCAGCUGAAAGCGAGAUACGAUUACGGGCUUCUAAUAUUUAUACUUACGUUUUGUCUGAUAUCGGUAUCUGGAUAUAGAGACGACGAGGUUAUAGAAAUGGCGCACACUAGACUUUCGACGGUCGCGAUUGGUUCUUGUGCUACUGUGCUGAUUUGCAUAUUCAUAUGCCCUGUUUGGGCUGGUGAAGAUCUUCACAAUUUCACUGCUGAUAACAUUGAAACUCUCGGGAUUUUCUUGGAAGAUUUUCAGGGAAAAUACUUUGAGACGACAAACGAUAAAAGCGAAGAAAACGAAGAAAACCAAGAUUCGCUGGAUGGAUAUAAAGUGGUUCUUAAUUCCAAAGGCACCGAAGAUUCAUUGAUAAAUUUUGCGAAAUGGGAGCCUAGGCACGGUAAGUUUAAAUACCGACACCCGUGGGACCAAUACGUCAAAAUCGGAAAGAGUACAAGAGAAUGUGCAUACAAAAUCGAUGCUUUGAAUUGCUACGUUAUCUCAGAGAUGCACCGGUAG